GAGAGAGAGAGAGAGAUGGUGGGACUGGCGUACGAUUUCCUCGCGAACCCGCUUGGGGCCGUGCGCCUGGCGUUCGAGAAGGCGGUGGCGUCGUCUCCGCCCGACGCCGAUCUGGCGGCGGCCUUCAGAGGCAAGGACUGGGGCGCCGUUGACCUCUUCCGCGACUUCCUCUUCGAGCAGGGCGGCCUUUCCCAGGUUCCCAUUCUCGAUGCAUCGACGAUACGAUGGGUCCAACCCAACACUCUGGUUCGCUUCAGGGGAAUGUUGCAAGAUAUGCUCGGCAAUGAAUUGUAUGUCGGUGCUUACAAGGAUGGAUCCACUUGGCGGACAAAUAAGUUCACUGACGUGGCUCCUUCUCCUAUGCCACCUGCAUUUGAAACACAGCUCUGGGAAAGACACCUUUUUUACUGUGUUCCGGUUCCAGGACAGAAUUCAUGGACAAUGGAGCCUUCCCCCUCUCCAGGUGAAAGAAACAUGUCAAGCUCUGCAUCCCAACAUGGAGUAAAACGUGGAAGGAACACAGAAGAUGAUAUGGACUUAAAUGUAUCAUAUAAUGGGGAUGAGGGUUCUUCAAACAUGAAGAAGCAGAAGGAAGAUGAGUCUACAUGUCAGUCCUCUGGUUCAUCAGAGGACUUGGUGAAACAUGGUGGUGACUUAUUGCUCAAAAAUGGUGAUUCAAGUUGUCUUUCAUGCUUAGUGAAGAUCUAUGACAUGCCAGAAAGUUAUUUAAAGUUGAAUGAUGUCUUUGAGUUUAUUGGUAUUUACACAUUUGAUCCGGAGCUUGCUGGUCAUAAGGAUAAUUCUGAUGAUCUAAUGUACGACCUAUUUGAGGACCCAAUGGCUCAUUUACCUCCCAGUAAGGUACCACGUCUUCAUUGUUUAAUAUGUCGGAAGUUGGUUAUUCAAGAUUUUCUUCCCAAUUCACCCGUCAUUGAGCCUUUACCUAAUAUGAUCAGAAAAAUUCGAGAAUCUUUACUUUUGCAUCUUAGUGCUGUUCUUGGCAAUGAUGAAGUGGCAGCACAAUAUCUAUUAUUGCAUCUUCUUUCGAGGAUCCGAGCUCAGGUUGAUGUGAUUACAGUGGGCAAGUUGUCACUAAAUCUCACUGGUUUUACCAGAGAAAGUGCAUCAAUAUUUGGCUGCCAGCUCACUAAUGCAGUUGAGGAACUCUUGCCUUUCACACGUGCUAUUCCUCUCACAAUAGAGUACCUGAACAAUGCGACACUUCAACCUAGAAAAGACAACAAGACAGGAAGACUGGUGGCUGGAGUGCUGCAGCUGGCACAAGGUACUCACCUGACAAUAGAUGAGACUCGAAUGCAGAAUGGAACCCUCAACUCGAAUGGUGUUGAGAAUGCUAGGUUACUUAAGCAUUUGUUGGAGUGGCAAAAGGUUGAAUACGACUUUGAAUUCUACAACUUGGAGAUGGCUGCUGAUGUCCAAUUACUUAUCAUCUCAGAGGGUAAAUCUAAUAUCCUUCCCGCAGAUUUGGUGUUACCUUUUUGUCCAAAAUCUGUUGCUUCAGUAAAUGCAACUGGUGAGAAACUUCAAGCUUGGAGAUGGUACUUGGCCACCAUGAGGUCUCUCCAGCACUCCAGUGAACCUGAAACGAGUCAAAUACUACAAGAUGAAAUGGUUGCAGCCAUGCAGGAAGAUCGAAGCUUGGGCUGCUCUGGCCUGACCAGAUGGCUAACAAUGGCUGAACUGAUGUCUGCAAGCUUCGGUGAGAAGUGUCUCACCUUGGAGCACUGGCAGAUGAUAAAGGAACUGGAAAGGCUUAGGAAGGAGAGGCUCCAGUGACAUGGGGGUAACCUGCUCUCCGUGGAAUUGACGAGAGGCGAUCGAUGCGGCCAUCAAACAGUUGCCGUCGUCUCUACCGGACCGAAGGAGAUCACGGCCAAAAGGUCCAGAAAAAGCCAGGCGUACGUCAUACCGAAACAGGGGAGGGCAGUUCAGGAUGGGUCCUCGGGGAGAAGAAAGCGACCCGUCGCCCUGAGAAAGACAUUUUUAACUGGACAGCCUGCGGAGGGGGGACAGAGAGAUACGGAGAAGACGACGUGAAAACAGAGUGAGCUCCUCCGAAAGUAGCUGUGGAGGUUCCCCGCUCCUUCCUCGCCGCUGCGUCGACGGUGGUGGGAGGUUCUCAGUGUUGAUUCAAUUUUGCUAGGAGUCGUAGUAGAGGGAAACUCUAAACUGACAUCUAACUCCGAAUCCUAAAUCAAGAUUUGGUUCACACUGGUAGUCAAACACCCUCAUCUUUAUGUCUUAUAUAUCGCACUGUUCUCCUACGUUAAACCCUGGCGCUCGAGAUGCUUCAGAUAAGUAUGGCGUGGCCACGGCCGGCGAGGGUCAUCUUCGGCAAGUACGAGAUGGGCAGUCUUCUCGGUGAAGGCGCCUCCGCCACCGGAAGCCCUGGCGCCGCCCCGGCUCCUCCGCCCCCGUCGAUUUCUUCAUCCGCGAGAUCUUUGCUCUUCGACGCCUCCGCCACCGCCACAUCAUCUACCUCCACGAGGUCCUCGCCUCCCGGUCCAAGGUGUACCUCGUCCUCGAGUUCGCGCGGGGCGGGGAUCUCUCCUCCCGCUUGAACUCCCGCGGCCACUUUUCGGAGGAGCUCUGCCGCCGGAUCUUUCGUCAGCUCCUUUCGGCCGUCGCCUACCGCCACUCUCGCGGCGUCUUUCACCGGGACCUCAAGCCCGAUAACCUCCUUCUCGACGACACCGGCAACCUCAUGGUCUCCGACUUCGGGUUGGCCGCUCUUCUUCAGAAGGCGGUAACGGUGACCACCUCCUCAGCAGCCAACGCGGGACGCGAGGAUUCAAGGCGCCGGAGAUCCUAUCAAGGCAGGAUUACGACGGGACGAAGGUGGACAUUUGGUCGUGCGGGGUGAUCCUCUACCGGCUCAACGCCGGCUACCUCCCCUUCAAGGACCACGACAACCCCAUGUCGCUCUACCGCGAGAUCCACCACCAAGGCCACCGCAGCUUCCCCCUCCGGACGCCACCCGCUCUCCGCCGCCUCAUCGCCCGACUCCUCGAUCCCAACCCCGCCACCCGCAUCUCCAUUGAUGGCAUCCUCCGCGACUCCUGGUUCGCCAAGGACUUUGACGCCGACCAGUGGGCGGCCAUGAUGCGGCCCAGCCGCAACAACCCCGGCGCCGGGCAGCACGACCGCCGGCUUGGCGGUGAGCUCACCGCCUUCGACAUGAUCGUCUCCUCCCCGGGGCUCGACCUCUCGGGCCUCUUCCUGGAUACGGCGUCGCGAGAGCGAUUCGCAUCGGUCGAGCCGGUGGACAAGAUCAUAGACCGGGUCGAGCAGGUGGGGAAGGCAGACGGCUUGUCAGUGGUGAGGGAGGAGUGGGAGAGGCGGUCGGGCGCGGUGGUCGAGGGGCAAAACGGAGAUUUCAUGCUGAAGGUGGAGGUUUACCGGUUAACCGGCGACACCUCGGUGGUGGAGGUGGAGAUGGAGGUGUGCAGCGGAGCGGUCGGAAGAUUCUGGACCGAGAAGCUGAGGCCGGCGUUGGUGGACCGGGUCGGAGACCGCUGACCCGCGGUUUAAACCGGUUUGUUCUUAAUUCAACAAAAAGAAAAGUACAAUUAAAUUAUCUCUGUUAGUAAUCCUGGUUCAAUCGCUUCAAGAUUCGUGAGAUCUUUGAACAUCUUAUCCGUUGAUGCUUUCUACUGCAAGAACCCUGCAAUGAAUCACACAGGUCAUCCAUGAAGUGGAUUGAGAUCACAAUAUAGAUCUUUCUGUGAUCUAAAUUGGAUUCUGACUGCAAAUGUCAGGUUGGGCUAUUUAUUGUCCAUUUAGUCAAGUUUCAGAUCCUUCCAUAAACUAAUGAACAUUUCAUGCCGAUUCCAUCGUCCUCCCACCAAUCUUGAUUUAGGCUUUUGAACCUAAUCCUCCCCGGGAAGAAGUCAUCAUCAUCUGAUGUACAAAUUACUAACUGCUGCGUUAUUUCUUGUUCAGUCCCAUUUCUUACUUGACUUGGGGUGAGAACUCACAUUGCCGAGUCUCAAAAUCAUCCAUCAAAGUUGGUGUGUUCUUGAAGAAGCAGAAUACGAAGAUAUUUCAGGUUAUUUUUUGCAGUGCAAGACAAACAAGUAUAGUGAUUGCAUACUGAAUGCAGCACAAGAAUGUGUGACAGCAAUCCUGUCUUCAACCACUACUCAUCCCAUCCUUUUCAGCUCACUAUAUUUUUGUUCCUCCAACGACUCCUUUUGGUAUCAUGGAGAGCCCAAUGAGCUACUGGAAGGCAGAUAGAAGGCCACAUCUUGCAGUGACAGGUGCAUUCACAACUACUGCUUCCUAUCUCUCACAUUCCUUCCAUGAACUGCACCCAAUUUGAUUUGGAGGUCAAUUGCCACUCCAACUAAUACCGAGAAACAGAUCCAUGGCGAGUCAAUUGAUAUAUCCGUAGCUGAACUCCUCCCCCUUGUCAUCAUCACACUGUGAGCUCAUGUUGAAAUGUUCAUCCUUCGGCAACGUAGAACUGCUCCUUUAUAAGGUCAGAAACCUUUGGCCAACAGCCCACACACACAUUGGCUAUGCUCUUCAACAUGAUCUUUCUUUAGUGUUCAUUCUGUCCUACAUAUCAGAAUUCCCAGGAAGCCCAGCAUUCAUCUCUCUCUCUCUCUCUCUCUCUCUCUCUCUCUCUCUCUCUCUCUGUGAUAGCUGAGGAUGAUCUCGAGUAGCUCAGA